UCUAAAAUUAAAUUAAGCUCGUAAUUUGACAAAGCUAAUAAUAAGAUAAGUUCCUGUGGCACGUUUCAAACAUUUUAUUCUACGUCUUACUAGUAGCAAUCAGAAAAGCUUGAAACUGUCACUGGCCACAUAUCACGUAGAAAUGUUUGAACGUUUGAACGCGUUUCAGUUCAAAAUCAAAUUAGCCAGAGGGCAGACGCGAAAUAUCUGGGGGAACUCCACGUUAUAUUCAUAAAAAUGAAACAGCUGCUCCUUCUGUUGAGUUGUUUUAUCCACCUCUCCUGCCUGGAACUGGUUCCCUUUGCUGAUAACCAGCAUUUGACGGAGAAUGAUGUUUAUUUUCCCCUGUUGGAGGACGACUUGGACUGGAGUCGGGCCAACUGGCAGCUGGUGAUCCGCUGGCUGAUGGAACGCCAGCAGCUGCGUUUUUGCAUUUCUCUGGCCAGAUUCGAUGAGCGUUUGGUGCCCGGAACAGAGUGCCAAUCGCUAUUAGCCAACGGGCCGCUUAUGGCCAACUGCGACAUUGGGAACAUAGAGGAUCUGACCAUGACCAUGCGCUACGCCUUCGGGGAAAUACUGCUCGAUACGAGUCGGAAGUGUCGAGCGGGCCUGGAGCUCUUUGGAGUCCGUUGCAGGCGAAGGGCGUAACAGGAAGCAAGCCCUUAGUACGGAAUUUUAUUAUUUUUCAAAAAUUGGAUUGGAUCGCUGACAAAGUUAUUGAAAGUUCGUAUUUUCCAAAACUUAAUAUGAUGAUGGAGGUAAAUCCCUCAAUUUAAAGCGUCAUUUAUAGUACAUAUAUUAAAAUUUGUUCCCUUAAAUAUGCAGAUGAGUAAAUAAAUUUCAGGCAUA